GGACUGCGAAGAGGGAGGGAGGCGGGGCGCGACGGCAGGAAGGGCUGUGGCUGGAACUGUGACGGGGGCAGGGCUGUGGGACCGAGCGAGGCCCGGAGUCGACGCAGGAAAGGGAGGACGGAGAGAAGAGAAGGGACCUUGUGUGCAGAGCCCGUGUAGCCGAGCCGGGCCGGGCCGCAGCGACCCAGUAGUUUCCAAGAGCUCCAGUCAAGGGCAAAGAACCAGUGGAGGCUUUGAUUCAGUAAAGAUUCAUGAAUUCAGUGUUAAGAGGUCCUGAGCCAUGGCAGUGUGGAUCCAAGCCCAGCAGCUCCAGGGGGAUGCCCUGCGGCAGAUGCAGGCCCUGUAUGGGCAGCACUUUCCCAUUGAGGUCCGCCAUUACCUCUCACAAUGGAUUGAGAGCCAGCCAUGGUAGGGACUCCAUUGACCUGGAAAAUCCUCAGGAGGGUGCCAAGGCCACACAGCUGUUGGAGGGACUCAUCCAGGAACUGCAGAAGAAAGCUGACCAUCAAGUGGGCGAGGAUGGCUUCCUUCUGAAGAUCAAACUGGGCCAUUAUGCCACACAGCUGCAGAAUACAUACGAACGCUGCCCCAUGGAACUUGUGCGUUGCAUCCGGCACAUCUUGUACCAUGAGCAGCGCCUAGUGCGAGAGGCCACAGAUAGCCCCUCCCCAGCUAGCAAUCUAGCUGAUGCCCUUUCUCAGAAACACCUGCAGAUCAACCAGACCUUUGAGGAACUGCGCCUGGUCACUCAGGACACCGAGAACCAGUUGAAGAAGCUUCAACAGACGCAGGAGUACUUUAUCAUCCAGUACCAAGAGAGCCUUCGCAUACAAGCCCAGUUUACUCAGCUUUCCCAGCUAAACCCCCAGGAGCGCAUAGCCCGUGAGCCUACUUUGCAGCAGAAAAAGGCAUCCUUGGAAACUUGGCUGCACCGUGAGGCGCAGACGCUGCAGCAGUAUCGUGUGAAGUUGGCUGAAAAGCACCAGCAGACACUGGCCCUGCUGCGCAAGCAACAGACAAUUAUCUUGGAUGAUGAGCUGAUCCAGUGGAAGAGGCGGCAGCAGCUAGCAGGGAAUGGAGGGCCUGCUGAGGGCCCUUUGGAUGGCUUGCAGGCCUGGUGUGAGAAGCUGGCUGAGAUCAUCUGCCAAAACCGUCAGCAAGUGCGCCGUGCUGAACAUCUGUGCCAGCAACUACCCAUUCCUGGGCCCAUUGAGGAGAUGUUGGCUGACCUCAACACCACUGUCACAGACAUCAUUUCUGCCCUGGUUACUAGCACUUUCAUCAUUGAAAAGCAGCCUCCCCAGGUGCUGAAGACCCAGACCAAGUUUGCAGCCACAGUAAGGCUGCUGGUUGGGGGAAAGUUAAAUGUCCACAUGAACCCCCCACAGGUGAAGGCUACCAUAAUCAGCGAGCAGCAAGCUAAAGCCCUACUGAAGAAUGAGAGCACCCGCAAUGAGAGCAGUGGUGAUAUCUUGAAUAACUGCUGUGUGAUGGAGUAUCAUCAGGCAACUGGAACGCUGAGCUCUCAUUUCCGCAACAUGUCCUUGAAGCGGAUCAAGCGCUCAGACCGACGCGGUGCUGAAUCAGUAACUGAGGAGAAGUUCACCAUCCUCUUUGAAUCCCAGUUCAGUGUUGGCGGGAACGAGUUAGUCUUCCAGGUGAAGACCUUGUCUCUGCCUGUGGUGGUGAUUGUGCAUGGCAGCCAGGACAACAACGCCACUGCUACAGUGCUGUGGGACAACGCUUUCGCAGAACCAGGCCGUGUGCCCUUUGCUGUGCCUGACAAGGUGAUGUGGUCGCAGCUGUGUGAGGCCCUCAACAUGAAGUUUAAAUCUGAAGUCCAGAGCAGCCGAGGUCUCACCAAGGAGAAUCUGCUCUUCUUGGCCCAGAAGCUCUUUAAUAGCAACAUGAACCUCCUAGAAGACUACAACAACAUGGCUGUCUCCUGGGCCCAGUUUAACAGGGAGAACCUUCCAGGGCGAAAUUACACAUUCUGGCAGUGGUUUGAUGGGGUCAUGGAAGUCCUGAAGAAACACUUGAAGCCUCACUGGAAUGACGGGGCUAUCCUAGGUUUUGUCAAUAAGCAGCAAGCCCACACCUUGCUAAGCAACAGGCCAGAUGGAACCUUCCUUCUGAGGUUCAGUGACUCUGAGAUCGGAGGUAUCACAAUUGCCUGGAGGUUUGACAACACUGACAGAAUGUUCUGGAACCUGAUGCCUUUCACCACCCGUGACUUCUCCAUCCGCUCCCUGGCAGACCGUCUUGGUGACCUCCCAUACCUCCUCUAUGUGUAUCCUGACCGUCCCAAAGAAGAGGUCUUCUCCAAAUACUACAUGCCACUUCUUCCAAAGGCUGGGGAUGGAUAUGUGAAGCCACUGAUCAAGCAAGUCGUGCCAGAGUUUGCCACUCCAUCUGGAGACUCUACAGGUGGAGGGACUACCUACAUGGAGCAAGCUUCAUCCCCAGCUGUCUGCCAUCCGUCCCACUACAAUACAUAUGCACAGAAGCUACCUGACCCAUACUGCCCCUUUCUCUCUGUCUCAGUGCUGACUCCGUUCUGGACCCAGAAGGGGAUUUUGACCUGGAUGACUCAAUGGAUGUGGCACGACAUGUGGAGGAACUGCUGAGGCGCCCCAUGGACAGCCAGUGGAUCUCUCAUGCCCAGUCAUGACCCUGUCCUGUUCCCUGGAGAGACCAUGCAGAGACUGUGAAAAACGGGGGGCACUGCCGUAAAGGAGUGCAGCUGCUGUGGGGGGAUGCAUUUCCUCACCCCAUAGUGAGGGCAGGCUUGCCCUGCUUUGACUGAGGGGGUUGCCUGAGAGGCAGUGGGUGUUGUCUCUCCCCUUGCCCAUGUACAAAAGGCAGUGGAGUGUAUCGCUUGGUUUUCCCAGCUGCUCUUCUGAGAGGCUUUUCUCAGGCCUUUCGCUUUGGCACACUGCCUCCUUCCGCCAAGCUACCAUUUGAUCUGUGUUGGGAAUCAUUCCCUCCCCUUUUCCCAAUCCUCCCAGAAUUCAGCACACUGCCAUCCUUUGCCCAGGAGCCUUCUUGUUUUUUUGGGAGAAGAGGGGGCUGAGCUGUGGAGGAGAGUAGGCCUUAUUUGAAGUAUCACCUUUUGUAAUCUUUUUUGUGUCGGACAUUUCUUUUCUCAGCUGUGCCCAGGAUAAAUGGUGCGUGUGUGUUUGUGUCCACGCACGCCUGCAUUUGGCCUAUGUUUCAUGUGUGCAGCAUUCUGUGCAAGAGACGCUGACUCAGUGGGGGGGCUGCUUCUCUUUGGACCCCCUGCAGUACCCCACGCGUAACAGGUUCCCCUGGGUUGACAAGACCCUCUGGAGUCAUUUUCUGUCCCCCACCAUAGCCUAACCUAGCCCCUCUCUUUUUGCUUUGUCGCAAGAUAGUCACUUACCUCUUGGCUCCUGCAUCUAUAGUACCCUUGGCUUUUGACGGACCCAACAUUUUGUUCACAGGUAUCACAGGUUCAGCAGAUUGCUGAAGGUGUUUUUUGAUUUUUAAAAAAAUAAGUUGCAAACAAAGUGCAGAUGUUAGAAUUGGAAACUAUGUUUCCCCUGUUCAGGUGGCAUGGAAAGCAGACUCCAGGAUUUCAUUGCUGGGUUCAGAGACAAAAGGGAUGCCCUAAGUAGAGAGUUGUAGGCGCAUGGACAAAUUCUGCCAGACCUAUUUCUCUUUUCUUCUAACCCUCCCCCCUUCUCACCCUUUCAUCUGGUUGAAAAAUGGGAAGAACAACUCCCACCGAGCAUUUAUUUUUAUACCUACUAGUCAAUAAAGCUCAGGCUAUUUUAACAGAAAAGUUACAGAUUUUUCUCAUCUAUGUCUGUGAGCAGGUGACUUGUUAGGAAGAUGGAUCCAGUUUCCGAUCCAGCCCCCCCCCCGUGUUUUUGCUAGCAUCAACAAAGCAAGUGUACAGCAAACAGUUAUCCAGUUCGCUUUUUUAAAUUCAGAUUUUCCUGCGGGGUGGCUGUAUCAGGAGAAUGACGGCUCUUGGAUCAUGCUCAAAUGGUUAGAUUGCAUCUCCCACUAACAGCAGGCAAAUGGCAAAGCCAAAUUCUCUUCCAGCUCCCAAGUGUGUGUAGGAUGCAGCCCAAGUUUGUCCUGAGGACCCUGCUACAGAAUGUUCAAGGUUUAGAAGAUGGCUUAUUUUAAAAGCUGAAAAGUAUGGGAGGUUUGCAAGAUUUUCAGAUGGCAGGAUCAGUAAACAUAAGGAGCUGCCUUAUGCCAGGCCGGGGUAUUAUUCCAUCUGGUCCAGUAUUGUCGACUCUGACUGGCAAUGGCUCUCGAAGGGUCUUCAGCAGAGGUCUCUCCCGUUAUCACCUGCUACCUGAUGUCAGGGAUUGAAUCUGGAACUUUCUAUAUGUGUUCUGCCACUAGGCUAUGGACCCUCCCUGGUCAUAGGGCCUCUUCCAGCUGUUUCAGACACCUUUUUUGAACCUUUUGUAGUGUGUUGAACACAGAAACAAACAUUUUUGUUACCCAUAGUGGAAGGGGAAAUUUGGGGGGAGGUAGAAGACUACUUUUGGCCAUAUUGCACUUGAAAACCUGCACUUUUGUUGAUCCUUCUGCUCAGUAGCCAGAGACAGCCCUCACCAAGAGGAAAGGUGUGGCGGCUGCCUUGCUUGGUAGAUGUUGGUUACUGUUAAGGGUGGCUGAGUGGGAGGCAGAUCUGACCCAUGGGCACUAUUCAUUAGAAAGUUCUAUGCAUGCCUCAUCAAAAGGAACAGGAGCUGCAGCAUCAGCUACUGUACAUUAUAGAAACUUGUGCUGGAGAACCUCGCAGUAGAUAGUGAUCUGUAUUUGUGUGGGCAAAGGAGUGCCAUUUACGUUUUCCACUAAGACACAACAGUGGCCUGGAGCUGAUACUUUGCGUAACAGGGAAAAGCUGUUUCUUAGUGGUAGAGCACAUGCUUUGCAUGUAAAAGGCUGCAGGUUCAAUCCCUGGGAUUUCCACAUACGACUGGGGAAGAUCUCCAUCUGAAACCCUGACAAGCCACUGCCGGUCCUUAUAGGCAAUAAUGAGCUAAAUGGACCAAUGGUCCAAUUCAGUAAAAAGAAGCUUUCUGUGUUCCUAAAUUUUAUGUGACACAAGGCAACAUGGCAAAGCAUUAUGCUUAAAUAAGAUGAUAAUAAUAAUACCACUGUGAAUUGUGUACAGAUAAUUAAAAUUCCUUACAAGAGACUGAAGGGUGGCAAAUUUAGUUUCAGGAAUGUGGUAUAUCAGUCCAGCGUCAGACUGGUACAUAAACAUUGAUCAACAGCCUGACACAGAAUCGGGUGUGGUGGUUUCCUCAUUCUUUUUCCAUUUGCACAGGGCAAUGUGAUCCACUAGGAGGUUGUCCUGUGGGGCUCCUACAAGAGAGCACCGUGUUUCCAUUCAUUUCCAUUGCACACAAAUUCUUAGUGGAUUGUGCCGGUUCAAUUUUCACUAGUGCGAACAGGUCUGUCCAAGCAACAAUUGCAAAUAUUGCUAGUAUUUUCAAAGUGGGGGAAAGCACCCUAAAAACAGGGAGACACAACACAAAUAUUGCACUAUUUUAAAUAAAGACUUUGCCAAAUCUAUGAAGAGUUUUGAUGGAAUAUAAAAAUAUUUUUCUGCUAAAAUGUCACUCUCUAAAAAGAAAAUAAAGAAGUCAUGGGGCAAGUCUGAUUUCUUUUGUAUUAAAUUUUAAAAGGGGGGCGGCUCAAGAGAUAUAAAUUAAAAUGCCUUUAUGUUUUAUUUGGAACAAAAGACACUUCUAUGUGGAAAAACAUGUUUUGAAAGAUGUUCUCUAGCCCUGUGCUACCAAUAAAAGUGUUGUCUGUAAUUUUGCAGGGGAAGUAA